CGUAGUGCAUAGUAAACGUAGCCAUGUAACAGCUGAUUUUAAUCAGAUUGGAUGAUGUGUUGAUGGCUAUCCAACGGAAUAUUUUUAAUGAGGCCACCCAACUCCAGCAAGAAAAUCCUAACACUAACAGAAACCAACUUCGGGAUUUGAUAACACAGUCGCAGAGCAAUCUUGACCGAAUUUCAUCGACGGACCGAUUGUUGUUUGCUGAUGUACAUGGAGCCCUAGCUGACCUACUGUUGCUUGUAGACCGACCGGCCCCAGCCAUGUCGGCGACAGAAGCGACUGUGCGUUUGGGACUUGAUCGAAAUGAGAACUCCGGAUCUCGAAGAGGCCGUGGCCGACCAGCUAAAGAAAUUGAUCUGCAGUUUGUUAAAGAUCAGCUCCAGAAUGGCUUCACUGCAAAAGCAAUUGCCCAACAACUGAAUUGCAGUCCUCCACUUCUCUACAAGUUUUUGAAGUCUCAUGAUCUGUCUGUUAGAGGAGUGAAAUAUUCAACUAUCAGUGAUGCAGACCUACACAACACAAUUGCUAAUCUUCACGAAUCUCAUCCUAAUUCUGGAAAUGAGAUGAUGAAUGGAUACUUGAAGGGACAAGGAAUCCAAGUUCAAAGGAGGAGAGUCAGAGAAACAUUGACAGCAGUUGAUCCCCCAGCAGCAGCUCAGAGAUGGAGCGCGGCCAUAUCCCGCCGUGUAUACAGAGUGCCAGUACCCAACAGCCUAUGGCAUAUUGAUGGACACAUGCGUCUUAUCAGAUGGGGAAUUGUUACACAUGGGUGUGUUGGUUACUCCAGGACAAUGAUAUACCUUCAGGCAGGAACUAACAACAAGUCAUCAACAGUUCUGCAACUUUUCGUUGAUGGAGUGUUAAGCUAUGGACUUCCGUCAUUUGUAAGAAGUGACAAGGGUGGGGAAAAUGUCCAGGUAGGACUCUUUAUGAACUUGAUGAGGAAUGAAGAGACAGGAGGCUGUAUAACGGGACGUUCCGUCUUUAAUCAACGUAUUGAGAGGAUGUGGAGAGAUGUUCAUAAGGAUGUCAUUGAUAAGUUCUAUCAAACUUUCUACCAACUGGAAGAUGAGUUGCACCUAAACCCAGACAAUGAUGUUCACAUCACAGCAAUCCAUCAUGUGUAUUUGCCAGAUAUUAACAGAAGCCUUGGAGAACUAAGACAAGGAUGGAAUAACCAUCGUCUCCGAACAGAAUGGAACCGAACACCAAAUCAGGUUUGGUUUGAAGGGAUGGCCAAUGGUUCAGCACAUGCACCUGUCAGAGAACUGCAGUCUGAACGAAAUACAAGUGACAGUAUUGAAGAGAAGUUGAGAUCUUUUGGUCUCACACUCCAGGAUGUCCAGCCGGAGCAAGUAGAUGACAUGGAAAGAGUAGUGGUCCAGAGAAGAGGUGUUGACCUUGUUGCGGACUUUGUUGCCCAACUUGAGAGGGAAACAGCUCAUAUGCAGCUGCGUGAGAAGUACCUGCAUUAUGUAUCCAAAAUAAAUGACUAUUUGGCAUAGAUAUGUGAUUAAGAGAAUAUGAAUCACACAUUACGAAAUCCUGGUGAAAAUAAAUGUUUGAAAUGUGUGAAGCCAUGAGAUGUGAAUUGAAAUUGUAUUGCAAUGCAUAUAUAGGUUAGCUUGAUUACUGUUAAUAUUUUUAAAUAUCUAGAAUUACAUGUUUUGGAUGAUAUGUAACUAAAUAAUUGCCAAAGAUGUGUACAUGCAUGUUUCUUUUAUUUUUAGGUCAUCUGACCCGAAGGGUCAGGAUGACCUAUAGUCAUCAUGCUUCGUCCGUCGUCGUGCGCC